AUGGCCAUCGACGUCCUUCGUCGAAUCCUCCUCUGCUUCAACUCCGCCGACGCCCCAGCCGCUAACCCCACCUCCUCCGCCACACCCAAGAAACGCCUCAGCACCUCUCUCCGGGACGACAUUGCAGACGACAAAAUGGGCACCAGAGGAACUCAUAAUCAAGAUCAAGAUUCCAGUUCCGACUCCACCGGCACCCCCGCCACCGUCGCUUCUGCCGCACCUCCCCGUCCUUCGAAAUCGAUGGUCAUCGGGACCAUCUUCGGCAACCGCCGUGGCCACGUCUGGUUCUGCGUCCAGCACGAUCGAUUGUCUAGUAAGCCUAUUCUGCUUCUUGAGCUUUCCAUCUUCACAAACCAGCUGGUCCAAGAAAUGCGGUUCGGGCUGGUCCGAAUAGCUCUGGAGUGUGACAGAUCCGGACUCGAAUCCUGCCCGCUCCGAUCAGUACCGGUUUGGACCAUGUUUUGCAACGGCCGGAAACUCGGGUUCGCGGCAAAGAGGAAAACCAGCGAAAGGGUCAGGCUGAUUUUGAAGACGAUGCAGUGCGUGUCGGUCGGAGCCGGCGUCAUACCGUCCGGUUUCAAGACGGAUUCGGGAUCGGAGGAGCUCAUGUACAUGAGAGCUAAUUACGAGCACGUUGUGGGAAGUGCAGAUUCCGAGUCAUUUCAUCUCAUUAACCCGGACGAGUCACCUGGUCAAGAACUCAGCGUCUUCUUGUUGCGAUCUUGA